UAUUCACCUCACUACUGGCACUCUUCGCCGUAGCUUCAUCUCUCCCUUCUUAUGCACACCAAAGGAGUUUUCGGCACAAACGGCUAAUGGUUAUUCCAGAACUUCAUCAUCGUCAAGACUAUCAACAACAAGCUCAAGAAGUCCAGCACGAAUACCAACACAUUCCAGAAAUUCAGCAUGAAGAACAAGAACACAUUCCUGAGGUUCAGCAUGAACAACAUUUCCCAGCGGUGGAACACGAACAACAACAGUAUAUUCCACAUCAUCAAACCCAUGAGGAACACUAUCCUGAAAUCAAGGAUGAACACCAUCAGCAAAUUACGGAAGAGCAUCAGGGACACCACGUAGAGUACAAGGAGGACUACCACGACCCUCACCCCAAGUACAAGUUCGAGUACGGUGUCCACGACAGCCACACCGGCGACAUCAAGAGCCACAAGGAGGAGCGCGACGGGGAUGUGGUGCACGGCAGCUACGAGCUGGUGGAGGCGGACGGUUCCAAGCGCGUCGUCCACUACACAGCUGACCACCACACUGGCUUUAACGCCGUCGUCCACCGGGAACACAACGUCCAUCCUCAACAUUACCAUCAUCAUCAGGAGCACAUGCCAGUAGUACAUCAUCAGAGUCAUCAUCACGAACAUUCACCAAAGAUCUAUGAACAUGUUGAGGAGCAACAUGGCUCUAAUUACUAGUUUUCAUGUUACAUGUAGGCAAAAUGAACAAAACAUAAUUCAUGAAUGUAAAUAAAAUUAA